AUGAAAAAUGGUGAAUUUGUUCCGUUAACCCUCACCGAGAUAAAGCGAGGAAUCAAACCAGUUGGACGACCGAUUCGAAUCCUUUGCGAGGGCGUUUUUGAUCUCUUUCAUAUUGGACACGUUGAAGUGUUGAGGCAGGCAAAAUGCGCACUCCCAGAUAUUGUUCUUGUGUCUGGUGUCAACACCGAUGAGGAAGUGCUUGAAGUGAAAGGACAUUUGCCAGUGAUGACAUUCAAGGAGAGGCUGAUGGCGUUGAAAACUUGCCGAUAUGUAGACGAAGUAAUCGAGGAUUUACCCUAUUUCUACACCGUUGAUUGGCUUAAUAAACACCAGAUCGAUUUGGUUGCUCAUGACGAUCUCCCUUAUGUGCCGAAUGUGCUUGGGGAAAACUCGCCGAUGUUUCAUUUCUAUGAUCAGUUUAAAGUGAGCAAAAGACAGGCU